GUCCAUCGGGCAUCGGCUGACCCAUCGAUCGGCUACCCCAGCGGGCAAACGGCGGCUGCGAGGAGGAAGGAUGCUCGUGGAGGGUUUCCGGGUGGAGAGCCCGCGGGUGCGGUACGGCGACGGCGAGAUCGAGUCCGAGUACCGCUACGACACCACCGAGGUGGUCCCGCCGGCCGCCGGCGCCGGAGGAUGGGUGGUGCGGCCCAAGUCCGUCACCUACAACUUCAAGACUAGCACCAACGUCCCGAAGCUCGGGGUGAUGCUGGUUGGAUGGGGCGGCAACAACGGGACGACGCUGACGGCCGGGGUCAUCGCCAACAGAGAGGGCAUUUCGUGGGAGACCAAGGAAAAGGUCCACAAGGCCAACUACCUCGGCUCCCUGACGCAGGCUUCCACCAUCAGGGUCGGCAGCCACAACGGGGAGGAGAUCUACGUGCCUUUCAAGAGCCUUGUGCCCAUGGUUAACCCCAACGACAUCGUGUUCGGUGGUUGGGACAUCAGCAACUUCAACAUGGCCGACGCCAUGGCCAGGGCCAAGGUCCUUGACAUUGGCCUGCAGAAGCAGCUCAGGGGCUACAUGGAGUCCAUGGUGCCGCUCCCCGGCAUCUUCAACCCGGACUUUGUCGCCGCGAACCAAGGCUCGCGCGCUAACAAUGUCAUCAAGGGCACCAAGAAAGAGCAGGUGGACCAGAUCAUCAAGGACAUCAGGGAGUUCAAGGAGAAGAACAAGGUCGACAAGGUAGUCGUGCUGUGGACAGCAAACACCGAGAGGUACAGCAGCGUCGUCGCGGGGCUUAACGACACGACGGACAAUCUCCUGGCCUCCUUGGAUAAGAACGAGGCAGAGAUCUCACCAUCGACGCUCUACGCGAUAGCCUGCGUCAUGGAGGGUGUACCGUUUGUAAACGGAAGCCCUCAAAACACCUUCGUGCCCGGGCUGAUUGAGCUCGCCAUCAAGAAGAACUCUGUAAUCGGUGGCGAUGACUUCAAGAGUGGGCAGACCAAGAUGAAGUCUGUCUUGGUCGAUUUCCUCGUUGGCGCUGGAAUUAAGCCCACCUCAAUCGCCAGCUACAACCACCUAGGAAACAAUGACGGCAUGAACCUCUCCGCACCGCAAGUCUUCCGAUCCAAGGAGAUCUCCAAGAGCAGCGUGGUGGAUGACAUGGUCGCCAGCAAUGCCAUCCUCUACAGCCCCGGGGAGCAUCCCGAUCACGUCAUCGUGAUCAAGUACAUCCCCUACGUUGGGGACAGCAAGAGGGCCAUGGACGAGUACACCUCCGAGAUCUUCAUGGGCGGCAAGAAUACCAUCGUGCUGCACAACACCUGCGAGGACUCGCUUCUCGCUGCGCCCAUCAUCCUUGACCUGGUGCUCCUGGCUGAGCUCAGCACUCGGAUUCAGCUUAAAGCCGAAGGACAGGACAAGUUCCAUUCCUUCCACCCGGUGGCAACUAUCUUGAGCUACCUCAGCAAGGCUCCUCUUGUUCCUCCAGGCACACCAGUGGUGAAUGCAUUAGCUAAGCAGAGGGCCAUGCUGGAGAACAUCCUAAGGGCCUGUGUCGGCUUGGCCCCCGAGAACAACAUGAUGCUUGAGCACAAAUGAAGGUGCAGGUAUGUGAUGACAGCAAGAGGGGAAGGAAGUAAAGGAUCAAGUGAAGGUGAGGAAAUAAGUCACCUCCUUAGCACAUGACGAAGAAAUAACAAGGGCCAGUGGAAGGGAAGGGAUCAUGGAAAGAAGAUAAGCAUUCAUGGUGUCAUUGAUCCUCUAGGAAGGCUUAGUUAAUUGGCUCUCUUCUCCAGUUUUUUUAGAUUUCGCUCUCUUUUGCACUCGUGAGACUAGACUGUGUAUUGGAUCUGUCGUUUGCUGCAAGAUGAAGCCUUUAUUUGCAUGGUGUGAUUAGAACUAUUAUAA